AUGGCAUGUGUAAAUGCAUGUGGUCAGCAAAUGCCACCUAUGUUAAUUGCAAAAGGCAAAACAAAGAGGUCACUACACUCUUUUAACACCACUGCCAGUCCGUCUGGUACUGUUUGGACAUAUCAGAAGAACGGUUGGAUAACUGACGAAAUAGGAGAGCAGUGGUUUGAUGAGCUUUUUCUCAGAAACUGUGGUCCAGAACGCCCCCAAUUAUUGAUAAUCGAUGGCCACUCCAGUCAUGAGUCUUUAGCUAUAAUUGAAAGGGCUAUCGAUGAGAAUAUUAUGCUCCUUACUCUACCACCUCAUUGCACUCAUUACCUCCAGCCUUUAGACAGAACUGUUUUUGGUCCUCUUAAGCGUGCAUACAAUGAGGACUGUUCUGCAUUUAUGCAUGAUCAUCCAUUACACUUAGUAAAUAAGUGGACAUUCCCUGCAUUAUUAAAAGAGGCUUGGAGUACAGCUCUUAAUGAAUCAAACAUUAUGUCUGGAUUUAGAGCCUGUGGCAUCGUGCCAUUUAACAGAAAUGUUAUACCCUCAAGUGCCUUCUUGCCAAGUAAACCAACAGACAUAAGCCCAACUUUAUCUUUACGCAAUGAAUCCCAGACAACAAGUGAGAUAUGUCCAGUAGAUUCGUCCAGUGACUUAGGUUAA